AAACGAAAGUGAAAGUAAAGUUUAGUUUGAAGUGUGUUAAGCUGUUAGUGUCAGUGUGUGUGUCCGUGUGUGUGAGCGGACGGCAGCAUGGAGGGAUCCGAGUGUCCGCCUGUGAGCGUGGAGGGGGACUGGACUCCGGCUCAGACCAAAGCCCUGAAGAACAAACUACAGAUUUACUUCCAGAGCAAGAAGAAGUCGAGCGGAGGAGACUGCCGGGUGGAGGCGGAGGAAGGAGCACCGAGGGCGGCCGUUUACUUCAGCUCACCGGAGGUGAGAGAGCGAGUCCUCGCGAGGAAGAAUCAUGAGGUCAUCCUGGACAGUAAAACCAUCCAGUUGCGGCUGAGCUCAGAAGCAGUAAGUCCAGUUUCAGGUGUUUCAUGUGGAUUUUUUUCCUCACUCAGAGUUUCCUGUUUGCUCCUGAUGUCACGACUGUAAACAGCUCACUAUCACUGCUCUGGGUUCAGCUCUUUGGACUAAGCACCUUUAGGUUUUUA